AUGGCUGCAGCACACGCACAAGCAGAAGCUCAAGCUGCCAGAGCCAGGCUAGCCUAUGCAGAGAAAGAACUGAGCAUCAAAGUGGAAAAAGCAAGGUUAGAAGCAACUCUUGAUGUGCUCAGCCUCCAGAAGGAAGCGGACGCGGCCAUGGCCAAAGCUGAGGUGAUGGAGACAGCCGCAGCUCAGUACGAGGAAGCAGAGAAAAGUAACAAGUUCAGUUUCUUGCCCUUACAACCAACUACAGAGCAAAAAGUGAGUGAGUAUAUAAAUAAGCACAGUCACAACAAUGAGCCUUCUCAAAAUAUAGAGACUUUUCAACAUAACUAUACAUUUCAAGAACCAUACCAACCAAAUGUUUACACGCCUUUCCAUGCCAAACAAAAAAUAAACGAAUACUCCAUUCAGCCACCAGAUGGAGCCACGCGACCACCACUAAGAGACAUAGGUCAACAGCCAAAGCAAUUUUCAAGUCCAAACAGUGCAGAUAACACUACCAGUGACCUUGCCAGGUUCCUAGCCAAAAGUCAACUAGUAACCGGAGGGCUAACUAAAUUCGAUGACAAACCGGAGAGUUACCUCAGCUGGAAAGCCACUUUCCAGAGCACCAUCAGAAAUUUGGGUCUUACAGCUAACGAAGAAAUUAACCUACUCAUCAAGUGGCUCGGCCCUGAGUCUUGUGAACAUGCAAAAAGAUUAAAGGCAGUUAACAUCAGAUUCCCAGAUGCUGGUCUGAACAUGAUCUGGGCGAGACUGGAAGAAUGUUAUGGCUCACCAGAAGCAAUAGAAAACUCUCUGUUUACAAGAUUACAGAACUUUCCAAAGCUUUCAAGCAAAGAGCCUCACAAGCUCCGCGACCUGUCAGACCUACUGUGUGAACUAGAAGCGGCAAAACUAGAUGGCUAUCUAACAGGUUUGAGUUACCUUGAUACAGCUAGAGGAGUGAGUCCAAUUGUGGAAAAGCUGCCUUUUCACCUUCAAGAGAGAUGGACAAUGGUAGGGUCACGCUAUAAAGAAGACCAUAAUGUAAGCUUUCCUCCCUUCUCAGUCUUUGUGGACUUUGUGAAAGGCCAAGCCAAAGCAAGAAAUGACCCUAGCUUCAUCACAGCUUACAACCCUCCUGUCCAGCCAACAGUCAGUUACAAAAAAGGAAAGCCAACUAGUAAUUGUGGCCAAAGACCAUCUGUUACAGUGCACAAGAUAGAAGUGUCAGACACAUGCAAAGACAUUCAAAAGGAAUGCCCCAUACAUUACAAACCACACCCACUGAAAAGAUGCAGAGGUUUCAGAACAAUGCUGUUGGAAGAUAGAAAAAAGCUCCUCAAAGAUAAUAACAUCUGUUAUCGUUGCCUUGCUUCUACCACUCAUCAAGCGAAAGACUGUAAGGCUACAAUAAAAUGUGAAGAGUGUGACAGCGAGAGGCAUCUAGCAGCUCUUCACCCAGGUCCUGCACCACCAACAUCCAAGCCUCCUCCAUUCCCCAAAGAGCAUGGCGGGGAGCAAGAAGUCACACAGAGCACCGACAUUACAGCCACAUGUACAGAGGUAUGUGGAAACGAGAUUACUGGAAAGUCCUGCUCUAAGAUCUGCUUGGUGCAAGUCCACCCCAAAGGUGAGCCACACAACACGAAAAAGAUGUAUGCAAUAAUAGAUGAUCAAAGUAAUCAGUCAUUAGCAAAGACCGAGUUUUUUGACAUGUUUGCAAUACAAGGCACAACCACGCCCUACACACUAAAAACCUGCUCCGGUGUGACACAAGUAAGUGGCAGAAGAGCCUGCGACUACGUUGUUCAGUCAUUUAAUGGAAAAAUUAGCUUUCCUCUCCCCACGCUUAUAGAGUGCAACGAUAUCCCCAACAAUAGGGACGAGAUACCCACCGCAGAAGCUGCUUCGCAUCACCCUCAUUUGAGAGCUAUAGCUAGUGAGAUACCGCCCCUUGACCCACAUGCUGGCAUCCUGCUGCUGAUUGGACGGAAUCUUCUGAGAAUCCACAAGGUCAGAAAACAAAUAUGCGGCAAGCAUAACGAGCCAUUUGCACAGAAGCUUGACCUAGGCUGGGUCAUCAUCGGAGAUGUAUGUCUGGGUAGCGCUCACAAGCCAAGCCAAGUAAAUGCUCUAAAGACACAUGUGCUGGACAAUGGUCGCCCAAGCUAUCUCACUCCCUGCAACAGUCGCUUCAACAUAAAAGAGAGCUUCACACUGAGCAACUCCAAGGCCAUUUCCAAUCCACCGCCACCUCCAAGCCUACAAGUAAAGACCACAGUUGAAAGCUUAGGAGAGACUGUGUUCUGCCAAACCAGUGAAGACAACCGCCUUGCACACUCAGCUGAAGACCUCAUCUUUCUGAAAAAGAUGGAGCAGAUCUUCAAAGAUGACACUAACAGUUGGGUCGCACCACUCCCAUUUCGAAGCCCAAGGCGCCUUCUCCCAAACAACAGGUGCUACGCCCUAAAGCGACUUGGGUCUCUCCAACGCACGCUUGACAAGAAGCCAGAUAUGAAGGCACACUUCAUUGAGUUCAUGCAGAAGAUGCUUGACAACAAACAUGCUGAGCUCGCACCACCUCGCCCCAGAGACAAAGAGACAUGGUAUCUACCCAUUUUCGGCGUCUACCACCCACAGAAGCCUGGGAAAAUCCGUGUGGUGUUUGACUCCAGUGCUCAGUUUGAUGGAGUGUCUCUCAAUGAUGUCCUGCUGUCCGGCCCCGAUCUUAAUAACACACUCGUGGGCGUGCUCCUCCGGUUCAGAAAGGAACCUGUUGCUAUCACAGCUGACAUCGAGCAGAUGUUUUACUGCUUUGUUGUCCAGGAGGAUCACAGAGAUUACCUUCGGUUCCUGUGGUACAAAGACAAUGACCCCACCAAGGAUGUUGUGGACUAUCGCAUGAGGGUGCACGUCUUUGGUAACAGCCCCUCCCCUGCAGUGGCAAUCUACGGAUUGAGGAUGGCAGCAAAAGAAGCUGAAGACGAAUAUGGAACUGAUGCUCGCUACUUCAUCGAACAAGACUUUUAUGUCGACGAUGCGCUUAAGUCUUUCUCAACAGAAGCUGAGGCAAUUGAUGUCCUACAGAGGGCCCAGAAAAUGCUUGCUCUCUCUAAUCUACGCCUCCACAAGAUAGCAUCCAACAAAGUCAAAGUUGUGAGUGCCUUCCCUCCUAAAGAUAGAGCAAAAGAGAUCAAAGACCUCGAUCUGACAACAGACAAGCUUCCAGUCCAACGCAGUUUAGGUGUUAUUUGGAACACCACAUCAGACACAUUCACGUUCGAUGUUCCACGAGAGCAGAAGCCCUUCACUCGUCGUGGCGUACUCUCAACUGUAAAUAGUUUGUUUGAUCCACUCGGGCUCCUUGCACCUGUAACUAUCAAAGGCAGACUACUUCUCAGGGAGCUCACCAGUCGCAAUAUUGAGUGGGACAACCCACUACCACAAGACAUGUACGAUGAAUGGAGAAGAUGGCAAGAUUCAUUGCAGCACCUUACAACCCUACACAUUCCUCGUACCUACCUUUCCUUCUCCAUUUCGCAAGUCACCUAUCUAGAACUCUGUGUGUUCUCAGAUGCUUCAGUAAAAGCUAUAGCAGCUGUGGCCUACCUGAAAGCUACACAUGAAGAUGGCCACAACGAAGUUGGUUUCGUCAUGGGCAAAGCCAGACUCGCUCCAACGCCAGAGCUCACCAUUCCCAGAUUAGAACUAUGUGCUGCAGUGCUUGCGGUAGAAAUGUCAGAGCUUCUCAGAGAUGAGCUGAAGAUCAAGAUUGACAAAAUCACAUUUUUCACUGACAGCAAAGUAGUGUUGGGAUACAUCCACAACAAAAACAGAAGAUUCCACGUCUAUGUGAACAACCGCGUCCAGAGAAUCAAGCAAUCUUCCCUUCCUGAGCAGUGGAAGUAUGUCCCAACUGAGCACAAUCCAGCUGAUCAUGGUUCUCGCUCCGUGGCUGCAGAGAAAAUAGAAAGCACAACAUGGUGGUCUGGCCCAGCAUUUCUUCUCAACCCCAAGAGUGUCGCUCCUAAAAAAGGCCCAUUUGAACUCGUUGACCCAGAUUCAGAUGUGGAAAUUCGACAGAACGCUACUGUGCUGGUGACUAGAACCACAUCAAGCAGUUUAGGUUCCACGCGCUUUGAACGAUUCUCAAAGUGGAUCUCUCUUGUCAAAGCAGUAGCAUACCUCCAGCACGUAGCUCACAGUUUCAAGUCCAAAGAUUGUAAAGGCUGGCACCUCUGCAAAACAAGUCUCACAGAAGAAGCCUUAACUCAAGCUGAGUACACUAUCAUCAGAUGUGUCCAACAUGAAGUGUAUGCUGAAGAAAUCAAAUGCAUUAAGGCCAAACAAGAUCUGCCACGCAACAGUCCUCUGUACAAGCUUAAGCCGAUCAUUGAUGACAAAGAUCUACUCCAUGUAGGAGGACGCUUGUCACAGUCAAGGUUCACAAGUCAGGAAGCCAAUCCUCUUCUGAUCCCAAGAAAACAUCACAUUGCUACCCUGCUCAUUCGACAUCAUCACGAAGCUGUCAAGCAUCAAGGAAGACACUUCACUGAGGGAGCAGUGAGAGCAAGUGGUUUGUGGCUGGUUGGUGCCAAGAGAUCCAUCAGCAGUUUCAUCCAUAAAUGCGUUACUUGCAGAAAGCUUCGAGGAAAAACAGAGCAGCAAAUCAUGGCAGAUCUGCCUGCGGAACGUUUACAAACUGAUCCCCCAUUUUCGUAUGUUGGCCUGGAUGUAUUUGGACCAUGGGAGGUCACAGCACGCCGUACUAAAGGUGGUCACGCUAACAGCAAACGAUGGGCAGUCCUGUUUACUUGUAUGUCUACAAGAGCCAUUCAUAUUGAAGUUAUUGAGACACUAAGCUCAUCAAGUUUCAUCAACGCUCUUCGUAGGUUUUUUGCCAUCAGAGGGCCUGCUAAACAGUUACGGUCCGACUGCGGUACCAACUUCAUUGGCGCAUCCAAGGAGUUGAAUUUGGGUCCUGAAAAGACUGGUAGCACAAGUGUGGACGACUAUCUACGUGAACAAAGAUGUUCCUGGGUGUUCAAUCCUCCUCACUCAUCCCACAUGGGAGGCACAUGGGAGCGUAUGAUAGGAAUCGCACGGCGCAUCCUUGACUCUAUGCUCUUGCAAGCAGGUAAUCCAUUACUUACACACGAGGUCCUGACAACACUGCUGGCUGAAGUCACAGCUAUUAUCAACGCAAGGCCCUUGGUGCCCGUCUCCUCAGAUCCGGACGCACCUUUGAUCUUGACUCCUAUGACGUUGCUAACUCAAAAGACAAAGGCAAUCCCAAUUCCACCAGGAGAUUUCACCAAUGCAGACAUGCUCAAACACCAGUGGAAAAGAGUACAAGUUCUUGCCGACACCUUCUGGACCAGGUGGCAAAGAGAGUACCUCAGCAUGCUUCAGAGUCGUCAGAAGUGGCAAUGCAACAAGCCGAACCUGAAAGAAAAGGACAUCGUUCUUCUGAAGGACAAACAACUAAAACGGAAUGAAUGGCCCAUGGGAAUCAUUGUGAAGACUCUUCCAAGCAAGGAUGGAGUUGUGAGGAAGAUCGAGGUUAAAGUGGCACGUGACAAGACUACAAAGACAUUCUCCAGACCUAUCUCAGACUGUAUUUUACUGUUAUCUCCCACUGUUUAGUUUAUAGUGGCAUUCUUAAAAUAAUGCCAGGCGGGGAGUGUAUUGGAACUGUUUUAUAUCUUGUUCAGCCAGAUCGCUAGAGGGCGCUAGUCGCAAAUGUAGCAAUAGAUUCAGCCAGUAGGAAGCCAGAAGCAAACCACUAGCUGCAGAAGUGACAAUCAGUUCAUCAUGUGUUGUUUCUUUUCUAUCUGAUGCCAUCUACUCAUUUCUGAUCCUUUGAGCAACAAUAUGAUUUCACACUUUUUUGCAUUAAAGCCUGCCAAAAUACGACACCUGCCUGUUCCUUGGAGGAAACAAAUGCAAGGGAGAGUUUAACUGGCUGUAACACUCAAUUAGGGCACGAGGUCAC